AUGGCAUUGCACGUUCCCAUUGGGGACCCAAAUGCUGAAGUAUUAGCCGUUGAUGUGCUUAAGUUGGGCCGUGUCAUUGCUGUUCCCACGGAUACCGUGUACGGACUUGCUUGUGACGCGACAAAUCUAACCUCAGUUAACAAACUGUAUAGUAUUAAGGGCCGGAACGAGCACAAACCCGUCGCUAUUUGUCUCGGGGACGUCCUCGAGGUCAAAACCUGGGCCAAAGUUGAGCAUUUACCCAAAGGCUUGCUAGAAAGCCUCUUCCCAGGCCCGGUGACUGUCAUUCUGACUUGUGCAAACAAGCUUGACAAGUCGCUAAGUUUUAACACAAAAGUUGGGAUUAGAAUCCCAGAUUAUCAUUUUAUUCGGGCUUUGGCUAGAGGUUUAGGACGACCUUUGGCUCUCACAAGUGCGAAUUUAAGUAACGAGCCAAGUUCGUUAACAAUUCAUGAAUUUCAAGACUUGUGGGAUAAACUUGGUGCAGUUUUCGAUGGUGGCAAGUUGGGAAAUGACGAUUUGAGACGACGAGCUUCCACUGUUAUUGACUUAUCAGAAUGCGGGUUGUAUACAAUUGUGCGACAGGGUAUUGCGGUUGAUAAAACUAUUGCGAUUUUGCACAGAUUUGGAUUAUUUAACAAACAUGAAUAA